AUGCCUUACUAUACAGGUCAAGCGGGCUCUUCGGACUCGCCAUAUCGUCCGGGCACAGCCGACAGCUCGUGGGAGCAGCCGAGGCCCUCGACCAUGGAGCACGCCCGACCAGACUUAUUUGCUCAUAUGCCGCCGGUUUCCACGUCAUCGUCGCAACAUCGCCCGGAACCUGUACAAGCUUCGCAACACCAGUCCGUAUCGGAUAGCGCGCAGAAUCUCUAUCUUGGCGCGAAUGUCAUCACACCUCGUCAGACUUCCUUCCCACGAGAUCAGAUCGACGCCGGCGUGCAAUUCAGCACAGUAGGCGCCACGGAUGGUUUUGGUCACAACGUUCAAGCCUUGAUGCCUGCCGACACUCCUCGUGCGGCGCAUUUCGGAAACAGCAGCAAUAGCAACGCCGGCGCAAUGGUUGGCGCGCAGCACUCUUUUGCGCCUGUCGCCUCGGCGGCCUGGCCGAGCACAUUGCCGCAGCAGCCCGACUCUAUGGGCUACAGCCGCUACGCAUAUCCAAGUCAAACGAGCUCAGGCUCGUGGGCGUCACAGACCGGAACGUCGAUGUCGCAGAGCGUCAUUUACGAAUCGUCAUCUUCGACCAAUGCCAGUCCGAACCGCUCGCAGACGUACUACGACUUGUCGAGCGAUCACUUUGAUCAUUCCGGCUACGCUUCUCACAUGAACACACACUCGUACCCCAUGUACGGAGCCUCGACCUCCAAGCUGGGCGGAACCAACGCAUACAUGUCGGCGCCGCAGCCAGACUAUCAGCCCGAGGAGAUCGACAGCAUGCUCAAUCAGGUCUCGAGUCUGUACAAGACGGCAAACACCAAGAAGAUGGCAGAAUUUUACCGCGACAAGUGGGCACGGAUGUGGUUGACUUGCAACUACACGCUCAAGCCGUCCAUCCAGAUCUCGAUACCACGCACCAUUUUGCACGAGUCUUAUCGCCGCGCUUGCGACUCGUUCGGUCUCGAGCCUCUGCAGGCAGCUUCUUUCGGCAAGGUGCUUCGAAGCCAAUUUCCUGAUGUUGCACAACGCCGUCUCGGAGGACGCGGAAAGACUCGCUUCCACUACUGCGGCUUCGGCACGUCCAACGAUCGUGAAGCUGUCAAGGUCAAGUUGUUGCUUGAAGACGAAAAAGCGGGCAGAUUGCAGCUCAGCGCCGGCCUGAGCGCCGAGUAUGCUGCAGAAGCCAGAGGCAAGGCGCGAUCUGAAGGGCACGAGGCUGAGGCGUCGUCUUCGUCCUUCCGCACACAUUCUUCUUCAGACGCAUCGCAGUACGACAACUCGCCCCAUGCAUCUUCGGAGAGCAGCGGCUUGGGCCACUCUGGCAUGGCCGCGGACGACAGGCUGAUCGCAUCUGCCUUUGCGACUCUCAACAGCGCCGUGCUUACGCCCCCUGGCACCAGCUCUGGUGCUGACUACGGGGGUCAAGACGCGGCGCGAUAUGCGCAGGUGCCUUCGCAGGGGCAAUCGUCACACGCUGGCCAGCUGUACGGUGGCGGCGCAGGAGGAGCAGGUAUGCCGAGGCGACACACGGUUUCGCAUUCGUACUCGGGCUUGAGCGACUUGUCCUUCCUGCCUGCUGGACUGCAUUCGUCCGGAAUGAACGACGCUGGAGUAGCGCAUCCUUCCAGCGAAGUGUCGGCUUUUGGCGCAUCCACUGCCUCGGGCAUCAGCGAGCCAGCCCAGUCUGCGUCUCUGCUCAACAGCCCAGCUUCAUCGCUGCAUGGCUAUCAAUACUUGCAAGAUCCGCGUCAUGUGCCUAGCUCGAUGCCGUUUCGACGAUCUGAGCACGACUUGCAGGACUGGCCGGCGUUGCCUGAUCAUCAGCACAGUUCUGGAAGCACUACAGGAGGACCCGGCGCAACGGCCUCUGGCGGUGCAGCUGGAUUUCUUACCGGAGGGUCUGGCGGUGCGGCAGCUUCGCACGAGUCGACACGAAAGGCGUGGCCCAAUCACUUUUCUUUGGAGUGA